AUGUAUGAACAGGAUGUUCAAGAUAAAGAUAUUCAUAAAUAUAUUUUUCAGUUUAUACCCAAAAUAAGUAGCGGUCUAGAUCAUUAUGCAUGUGUUGCUUAUUAUAAAAAUAAACCAAGUUUAUUUACUUGGGGGGUAAAUAAUUGUAAUCAAUUAGGAUUAGAUAUAAAUAUCAGAUAUGUUAAUGACCCUACUAUAGUUUCUUUUUUUGAUAGUUUCAUUGUUUCUUCAAUCUGUUGUACGAAAUAUUCAACUUUUGUUUUAGUAAAGAAAAAUGUUAAUGAUAUAGGUUGUUCAAUUUAUUCCUUUGGAAAAGGUAAUAAUGGAUUGUUAGGUUAUAAGAAAAAAAGAGAAUUACCUAAUAUUUUAGAAGAGGAGGAAAAAAAAAAGACACAAAAAAUGAAAGAGCAAAUGCUACAACAAGUAAACGAUCCAAUUAAUAAAAUGGUGUUGGGUGCCUUUGGAAUAAAAAAAAAAAAAAAUAAAAAAAAAAAUAAUAAUAAUAAUAAUAAUAAUAAUAAUUAUUAUUAUGAUGAUGAUGAAGAAAAUAAAACAAAUCAUAUUAUUAAUCCACAUGAUGAAAAAACUAUACAAAAUCCAAAAUUUAUUUACAAUGAAGAUAAUUUUAAGAAUGAUAUAAAUUUCCAAAGAGAGAAAAAUAUUUAUGAUGACUACAAUGUGUCUGGUGAUGAAAGUCUUUUAAAUUUUGAGGCAGAUAAUAUUUCAAGCAUACAAAAUGAUGACACAAAAAUGGAUGAAGAUGUAUAUAAUAAAACUAUAAAUGAUGAAAUGAAUGAAGACACUCAUUUGGAUAUUGAUGAAGAUAAUAAUUAUAAUGAUGAAAAAAAAAAGGAAAAAAUUAAUAUAUAUAAAAAUAAAGAAAAUUUAUAUUCAGAUAUAAAAGAGAAUGAUAAUAAACAUGAUUGGUUUACUCCAUUCCCUAUGAAAAUUAUUUUCCCCAAAAAAAAAACAAAAAUAAAAUUUAUUUCUUGUGGUGAUAUGCAUACAUUGGCUAUCUGUACUAGUGGUGUUUUAUAUGCAUGGGGUUAUAACAAUUUUGGUUGCAUAGGAAAUGGAACGAAUAAAAAUGUAUAUGAGCCAACAGCUAUAUUUUUAGAGCCUCCUUAUGUUGACAGUGAUGAUAAUAAUGAUGAUAAUAAUAAUGAUGAUAAUAAUGAUGGUGUUCAUUGUGGUGGUGGUGCUUACAAAUUUCAUAAAAAAAAAAAUUCUAUAGAAUGGGAUAGAAAAAAAAAUGUAGUCAUUCACUGCUCAGCAGGAAGUAAACAUAGUCUUGCUUGUAACUUACAAGGACAUAUAUAUAGUUGGGGUUAUGGAGGUAAUGGUAGAUUAGGUGUUGGUAAUAUAAAAAGUUAUAAUAAGCCUCAAUUAAUUAAAGGAUUAAGAAAUAAAACAAUUCUUUAUGUAUGUGCUGGCACAUCACAUUCAGGUUGUAUAGAUUCUAAUUACAAUGUAUAUACAUGGGGUAAUGGUAAAUUUUAUAAAUUAGGACAUGGUAAUGAUGAUAUAGAUAUAUAUUAUCCAAAAUUAUUAGAAUGUUUAAAUCGUAGUAAAAAAAUAUGUAUGUUAAGUUUUGGUUGUUUUAAUUCUUUAGCAUUAAAUAUUAAAGGAGAUGUAUAUGUAUGGGGUACAUUUAAUAUAACAAAUAAUUAUGUUAAUUAUUAUAUAUCCAAAUUACCUAAGCAAAUUAAUACAAAUUAUAAAUGUGUAGCUAUACAUGCUUCUACAUAUACAUGCUUUGGAAUUACGCUAGUAGGUGAUUUAAUUACCUUUGGAAGUUAUAAAAACUACACAUAUACAAAAGAAAUAGAUGACAACGAUUCAGAUGAUGAUUUAAUAAAAUAUUUAAUAAACAAUCAAGACGAAGACGAAAAAUAUGGCAGUGAGGAUAAUAAAGGUAUAGACACAAAUAAAAAUGACAUAAUAUCAUCAUAUAUUGUAAAAAAAAAGGAUGAACAUUUUGAUAUACAUUAUAUAAAAGAAAUGAGAGGGAAAAUGUAUAUAAAAGAUAUUUUAACUCUUUUUUAUAAGUUAGAUAGUAUGACAUAUUAUCAAAAUAAAAUAAACAAACAGAUUGACUCUGCUAUUACAUUGAACAAUAAUAAUAAUAAUAAUAAUAAUAAUAGUAAUUAUAAUAGUAAUUAUUAUUAUUAUGGUGGGUAUGAUAAUAUGUCUAGCCCAUAUAUUGUUAACAUGUUUGAAAAUAAAAAAGUUGUAUUAAAAUCUAAAGUGAAAAUAAUAGAUGGAAGUGAGCAUUUUACAGUAUUUUUAUUAGAAAGUGGGAAGGUAUAUACUGCUGGUUAUAAUAAAAAUGGAGAAAUAGGAAAUGGAGAAUUUAAUUUAAAGAAAAAAUUUGGAGUACCUAUAUUAUUAAAUAUAUGUGUAAAUAAAAUAAUAAAAAUAGCAUGUGGAUAUAAUUAUGUAUUAUGUUUAAGUGAUAUGGGUUUAGUAUAUGGAUGGGGUAAAAAUGAUAAGAGUCAAUUAGGAAUUGGUGUAAUAAAAGAUUUUUAUGAACCUGUUCAUGUAAAAAAUUUGAAAAAUGUGAUAAAUAUAUUUGCUGGAUAUGAUCAUAGUGCUUGUAUUAUAAAUACUUUAUUCGAUAAGAAUGAUAUAAAUAAUAUAAAUAAUAUAAAUAAUAUUAAUAACACAUAUGAUGAUAAUAAUUAUAAUUCAGAAAGAUGUGGAGAUCUAUAUAUUUGGGGUAAUGCUGAAAGUGGAAAAGUUGGAUUAGGUAUAGAUUAUAUACAAGGAUGUAUAUUAUUACCUAGAAAAAUUAAUAUAAUAAAUAAAAUAUAUAAAUGUUCAUUAGGAAAUAGUCAUAGUUUAUUUUUAACAAAUAGUAAUGAAUUAUAUGCAUGUGGAAGUAAUAAUAAUUAUAGGUUAGGAUUAUCUGAAAAAAGUAAAAUGGGUUGUAAUAUUGUUAGUGUUCCAACUAAAAUUAUAUUACAUAAUAAUAUAUAUAUUAAAGAUAUAUUAGCAGGAAAUACAUAUAGUAUAAUAUUAUCAGUUGAUGGAUUUAUAUAUAUUUUUGGUGAACUCAUAAAAAACAACAACAAUAAUAAUAAUAGUAAUAAUAAUAAUAAUAGUAAUAAUUAUAGUAAUAAUCAUAAUAAUAAUUAUUAUUAUAGUAAUAAUAUUAUAUUUGAAAUUCCAACUUUAUAUAAUCAAAUUAAUAAUGUUAAAUUUAUAUAUGGUAAAUAUGAACAUGUUUUUUUUCUUACUUAUGAUAAUAAAUUAUUUGGUAUAGGUAAUAAUAAUAAUUGUCAAAUAUUAUGUAAUAAUGAAAAAGAAAAUAAUUAUAUAAAAACUCCUAAAUUAAUAACAUAUUUUUUAAAAGAAAAUAAUAUUAUUGAAUCAGUUUUUUCUUUUCAAAAUGCUACAUUUAUUCAAUUCCAUAAUUCUGAAAUAUUUGUAUGGGGUUAUACCAAUAAUUAUCAUUUAGGAAUUGGAAUAAAUAAUAAUCUAAAAUAUUUAAAACAACCUACGAAAAUUAUAAAAACGUGGUUAACAUAUGAUGAAAAAGAUAUAAAUUAUAAUUCAGAAUCUAGUGAUAUCGAAUUUGAUGCAAAUAAUAUUCAUCAUCAUAAUAAUAAUAUUUAUUAUAAUAAUUAUAUAAAAUAUUUUGAUCAAAUUACUCUUGUUAAAAAAAAAAUUAAUAAAAAAGAACUCUUUCAAAAUGAUUUUACUUCUUUAUCUUAUUAUGAAGAACAAAUAGAAAAUUUUAUAUAUAAUAUAUUAAUAUUCAAUAAUAAUAAUAUUAUAAAUUGGUCUUAUAUACAAAAUUUAUUAAAAAAAGAAGAAUAUAAUAAUAGUAUUGAAUAUAUCAAACAUUUUGAAAAAGACAUAAUUAAUUUAUAUUCGAAACAUAUAGAAUUCUUAUUAAAUUUAAAUAAAUAUGAAAAACAAUUUAAUUAUUUAUAUCUUAAUUAUCAAAAUUUUAUAUUAUCUAAUAUUGCUAAUAUGCAAGAACAGCAUCUACCAACUAUUUUAUAUUCUUCAUCAUCUACUUAUAUAUUUGAUCAAAACAGAAUCAAAUUACAACAUUUUAUAUAUAUAAUUCAACAGCAACCCAUUUAUUUAAUAAUCUUGUGUUUAAUACAUAAUCAUAAACAUGUGAAAAAUUUAAAAAAUUUUAAAAAUUUUAAAAAUUUUAAAAAUGUUUUAUAUGGAAAAAGAGAUGAUACCCAUCCUGAUAAUCCAAUUGAUAUAUAUCAUAAUAAUAUAAAUCAGAAACAUGUGAAUAAUAAUUAUAAUAUUAUCAAUUCGAAUUAUAUUAAUCAUACAUAUAAUUAUGAUCAGAAUGAUUCUUUACAAAACGAUAGUUCAAAAAAUAUAAAAAAUAAAUAUUCUUUUUAUAAAAAUAGUUCGAAUAUUUUAUGUUCUUUUAUUUUUGAUUUAUAUGCUGAUUUCAGAAAUGAAAGAGUACGAAAUAUUUUUACCAUUUUUUUAAUAAAAUUAGGUAUAGAAGAAAUAAAAAAUUCUUUAAAUGUUAAUUCUAUAUUCAACAUUGAGACAUCCACAUUUUUUAUUCUAAUACAAAUGUUGUUCUUUAAAAAUGAAAUUCUAAUAAAUUUUUCUCAUUGUUUAAUAAAUUUAAAUAAUUCCUAUUCUUUUGUAACUUUAUUAAAUCAAAUGUCAAGGAAGGUUCAAAAAACGAAUCCUUCAGUAAACCACCAAGAAAUAUCCUAUUCCAAAAAUGUGGAUCACACAAAAAAAUAUAUUCAAACGAAUAGUAAUAUGUAUGAUUCGGGUUAUAACAAUGGGUUAUUAACAAUAAAUGAUGCAUAUAAUGAGCAUAUGAUGGUAAAUAAAAAUAUUCAUGUAAAGAAUUCAAAUUAUAUGGAUCUCAAAAUGGAUGAAACACACAACAAUAAUAAUAAUAAUAAUAAUAAUAAUAAUGAUGAUGAUGAUGAUGGUGGUGGUGGUGGUAAUAAAAAUUUUAGUCAUAUAGAACACCAGUCUGGCUACAAACCAAAUAAAAAAAAAAUUAAAAAUGGUGAACCUAAUAUAACCACCUUUAUAGAUAAUCUAAAUGAUAACGAAAAAGAUAAAGAAUUUUCAAAUUUUAUUAAAGGUAAAACACAAAAUGAGUCAGAUAAAAAAAAAAAAUUAUUUGUUAAUGAUAUAUCGGGUUAUAAUUCAUCUAUACAAUAUGAUAUGCCUAAUAUAAAUAAUGAACAUGAAAAUAUAUAUCAAAAUAAUAUAAAACAAGAUAUACAAUAUGAUAAUCUACAUGAUAUUAAUGUGGAAAUAAAUUUUGUAUGUAUAUUUCAAGAACUAUGUAAAAUAUUUAUGAAUAUAAAAUUUCCAGAUAUGUUUAAAAUGAUUAUAAAAGAAUUAUUUAAAUAUUUUAUUAUUUAUGAAAAAAAUAUUAAUGAUGAUAUUAAUCAAACAAAUAAAAUAUAUUUUUAUCAAAAUCAUCAUAUAAUAUAUAUACCUUUUUUUAAACUUAUACUUAUGGCAAUCAUAAAUCCAAUAUUAAAAAAUAUGGAAAAUAUUGCACACAAAUUUUGUUACCCUAUUAUAUUUCCUCAUAUUUUAAAUAUACGUAAUAAAAUUUGUGAUUUCUUAGAAAUUUUAUAUUUAAAUAAAUAUGAAUCUUUAAAUGUAUAUAAUCUAAAUAUAAAUAUAUUAUCUAUUAAACAUAUAUUUGAAAAUACAUUUAUAUCCUUCACUAAUGUUAUUAAUAAUAUUUGUAAUACUAAUGAAGAUAUUUAUGUAAAUGCACACACAAUUUUAUUUAAUUACCAUUUAAAUAGAAAUCCCUAUUAUAUACAAUUAAAGCUUUUCCAAGUGUGCCAUAUUUUUAAUUUAUUCUUCAGAUUUCAAAAUUAUCUAAUGCUUUCUUUUAAUGACCCUGCAAUAGAUAUAGUCAACUUUUUCUAUACAUACAAAAAUAAUAUGUCAGAGCAAAAACAUAAUGAGGUUGUCAAUCAUUUGAUGUUGGACACAAACAAUAUGGAUAUGCAAGCAAAGGAGUACCAUAUGAAUGCAACAGGUAUGAUAAAGGAGGAUGCAAAUAUUCAAAGAGGAAAGGGUGGUUCUAAAUUUGUUAUAGAUGAAGAUAAGAAAAAAAUUAAAAGUAAAGGAGGAAAUGAGUCAAUUUUAAGAAGAGAAAAAAAUGAUAAAUUAAAUGGUCGUUUUAAUAUGAAGGAAGGACAAAAAAUGAUAAGUGUGAAUAAUACUACUAUUAGUGGUAAUAAUAAUAAUAUCAGUGGUAAUAAUAAUACUAUUAGUGGUAAUAAUAAUACUAUCAGUGGUAAUAAUAAUACUAUCAGUGGUAAUAAUAAUACUAUCAGUGGUUAUACCUGCCAAUAUAAUAUUUUGAAUAAUCCAACUUCUAUCAAUAUCAACAGUAAGCAUAAUAAUAAUAAUAAUAUGAAGAAAAAAAUGAAGAGAUUAAUUUUUAAUGAAGAUGAUAUUGAAUUUUUUAUAAAAUCCAAAUUAAUUUAUAAUAUUAAACUAGAUAUUCGAUUUUUAUUAAAAGAAAAAAAUAUGAGUAUUUGUGAAUUCACAAAAAUUCCUAUGCCUCAAUAUAUAUGCUACCGUAAAAAAACGUUAAUAGAAAAUAAUGAGUAUUUAUUUUCCAUUAUUCAUAAAUAUAAUUAUGAAAAAAAUAAUAUAUAUAUAAUAUCUGAAUGUUUAAAAAAUAGUCCUAUUUUAGAACAUUGUAUAGAUACAAACAAUUUAAUAUUAAAAUUAAAAUCAUUAAAAAUGAAUUAUAUGUCUUUACAAGAUCAAAAAGAAAAUAACCUAAUACAUUUAAUUAAUAAAACUAUCGAUAUUUUUUUAUCUGAUGAAAUGAUCUAUUUCGAACUGUUAGAUGAAUUUCCAGAUAAUUUAUCUAUAUAUAAAUUUAAAGAUCAACAAAUAUUACAAAAAUCUAAAAUGAAACAAAUUUAUUUUGAUAUGUUACAUAAUACAUAUGAUAAAGAUUCUUUUUUUCAAGUGAAAUGGAAAAAUAUUGCAUUACAGAUUUCAUUAAAUAUAUUAAGAAAAAAAAAACAUAUGAACUAUUUAAAAAAAUUAUAUGAAAAACAAGAAUAUAUUCAAGAUCUUAUUAUAAAUUAUCAACAUAAUAUCAAAAAAGAUAUUCUCACUUUAAAAAAGGCUAUUGUUUUUGUAUCCAAAUUAUAUAUUGAAAAACCCAUAUUGUUACAUUCAACAUAUUUUAAAAAAAAUAUUUUUUUUCUUGAAUUAAAAAAAAAAAAAACAUAUUUCAAAAAAAUUUUUAAAUUACCAUAUAAUUCAUCCACAGUAAAGGUAUACCAAAUACAAUAUCUAAUCAAUAAUAAUAUUCUCGCAAAUAUACAUGAAACAUUAUAUACACUUAUUAAUUAUUUAUCUAUUGAAAUUUUUUUUGAUUUAAAUAAUAUUAUUAAAUUCACUUUAAUAUUAACAAAAGAUCAAAAAAAUAAUGUAAUCAAUCAACAUACAUUUACAGCCUCAGAAAUUUAUUCUAUGUAUAAUUCAUCACCUUAUAUAUUAUAUCCUUUUUUUAAAUAUAAUAAAACAUAUUUGUGUUCAAUUACAGGUUUUCAUUUUAUGCACUUGCUUCACAAUUUUGUGAUAGACCUAUACUGA